UUCCGACAAAACGAGAAUCCCUUAAUCCUACUUCUAGAUCAAAAUAGAUCUUUUGUACCUGGGUUCGCCUAGAGCUUACUCUCUUUUCCUCAUAUUCGAACCAGCCGAUCAUUUCAAUUGAGGCUACAUGCACCGGUAACAUUCUCCACAAGCACAACAACCUCAAACAUGCCUUCACCUAAGCCCACACCAGAGGGGCCACCUACAGGCAAAACGACCUCAAGAUUCAGAGUCCUCGCACCAGACAUGGCCAAAAUACGAUCAUCAAAACCAUCUGUGCCGCCGACCACACUAUCCUCCACCUCCGCCUCCGCGUCCGCCAGCGCCGCCGCAAAUCCCUCGCCCUCACUCCCCAAAACACAAACGCAAACACCAACGCAAUCAUCACCUCGUCCCAACCGACCCUCUCUCUCCUCCUUCUUCCGCAACCGCUACGCGACCCUCCCAACACCCAUCCGCCGAACCUUCCGCGUCCUCCGCAUACUAGCACCCAUCGUCCCAAUCGGGAUCUUCUUCUCCGAACAUGUCCUCCAGGUAAUGUGGGUGCGGGGGCCGUCAAUGACGCCCUUCCUGAACGAGGACUACGAAACCAUGCAUACGAAGAGCGAUAUGGUGCUGGUGAACAUGUGGCCGUUUGGCGGGGCGGGGUGGCCGUGGGAGCGGAAACGGAGGUUGGAACGGGGGAUGAUUGUUACGUUCCGGUCGCCUGCUAAUCCAAAACAUACCGCCAUCAAGCGGGUUAUCGGUCUCCCCGGUGAUCGGAUCACGACUCGUGAACCGUGUAUGAAGGCGUCGCAGAUUGUGCCGUUCAAUCAUGUCUGGUUGGAGGGUGAUGCGGAGGAUCCGAAGAAGUCACUUGAUAGUAAUACGUAUGGGCCUGUGAGCAUUAGUCUCAUCACGGGGCGAGUCAUUGCUGUGUUGAGGCCGCAGUUUAGGUGGCUCAACUGGCGAGAUUGGGAGAAGGGGGUUGUUGAAGGGGAUGGGGAUCAUAGGUUUGGGGAGAAUUAUCGCCAGGAUGUACGGCAACGGGUAUUGAAGGAGGCUGUCAAGUUGGAAAGCCCUCACAUAGAAUAGGUAAGGUCCUAUGCCUCGGCUCCUUGCAAAUAUGUAUUCUAGAUGCACUGUAUAUAGUGUCGUGAUUUGUAUCAAUAUUAGAG